GGUCUAACUAAAGUAGACCAUAAAUCUGAUUAUGAGUUCUUGUUGGGCUUCGGAAAAACUACACACGUGUGAUACAAUAUCCACCGCACGUGUCACUGCAAGGCGCCAAAGCCACACCAUUAUCCUUCCGUUAUCGUCAUCUUCUCCACCUCCCCGGAAUCCCAAUUUCUCAGAAAGCCGAGCUCUUUGCACAUCUCUUGGCUUCGCCUCUCUCUUCACCAUCUUAAAAACUGGCUCUUCUACUAAUUCCGCUUGUCUCGUCCCACCGCUCCGUGUAUUGAUGAACCCAUAGCAACUCAACACCACCAUGGAUGUUACUGAAGUUCCAUGGCGUCGUCUUCCUCAAAUUUCCGUUUCGUCACGCGCCUCGUGGCUUGUUACUUCUGGGUUUCCUGUUUCUUCAUAUAUGUUCUCUCAUGUUGAGCGUGGAAAGUCGUUUAGGCUCACCUUGUGCUUUGGGGUCUCUCGUGCAAGGUCUGCUAUUGUAAGUGCACAACAAGAACAGCCAGCUAGUCGUAGUAAAGGAUUAUGCGAGGUUGUUUGGAUUGUGGAAGCUGAUCUUGCACCCAAUGAACAUCUCUACGUUACUGGAGAUCCUUCUGCUUUAGGUAGCUGGGAGCCAGACUGUGCAAUCUCAAUGUAUCCUACUGAAAAUGAUAAUGAAUGGGAAGCUAAAGUCAAGAUUGCUUCUGGUGUAAAUUUCAGGUAUAAUUAUUUUUUAAAAGCUGGAUACGGAUCUUCAUCUGAUGUCAUCUGGAGACCAGGGCCACAAUUUUCGUUAUCAGUUCCUUCUUCUGUCAAUCGAGAGAGGAAAGUAGUUAUAAGGGAUUCAUGGAUGAGUGUUUCCUCAAGAUCACAAGAAUCCUACGUAUGGGGGUCUUGGAUCGAUGAUGCUUACCUUUUUCCAAAUUCUGUUACCUCAGCUCAAAGCGAAGAUGAAUACACUUCUGAUAGUGCUAUAGAAGUCCCGAGAACACUUCUGAAUGAUAAGCAAGUAGGAGAUGAAUCUUUCUUCUGUGAUGAGCUUGCAGCCUUUUCGUCAGAGAACUCAAACUUAAGUGCGUUAUUUUCUGACAACUAUCAGCCUAUCGAGGAACCGUGGUUGAUUCAAGACUCUAUUACCUUGCAACAUGCAAGGAAUAUGCAGACUGAUAGCGAACAAGAUGUUGAAAGCUGUGAUGAAAAUGAAAACAGCUUACUUACUGUUGAACAAAAUCACCAGCUGACAGAGACUCUCUUACCUGAUGGUGGAUUUUUCCAACCAGAAUCCAUUUCUACUACGAUACUGAUCAAUUCUUCUAUAUGUACAGUGCAAAGGAUUGCUGUAUUGGAAGGUGAAAAGCUGGUCGAGUUAUUGUUGGAACCAGUUAAGACCAAUGUGCAGUGUGAUAGUGUUUACCUGGGCGUAAUUACUAAGUUUGUGCCCCAUAUGGGUGGUGCAUUUGUGAAUAUCGGAAGUGCUAGACAUUCUUUCAUGGACAUUAAGUCAAACAGGGAACCAUUCAUAUUCCCUCCAUUCUGUGAUGGAUCGAAGAAGCAAGCAGCUGAUGGUUCUCCGAUCCUCUCUAUUAAUGACAUUCCAGCCCCCCAUGAAAUUGAACAUGCUUCCUAUGACUUUGAAGCCAGUAGUUUAUUAGACAUUGAUUCAAAUGACCCUGGGGAAUCUUUUCAUGAUGAUGACGAUGAGCAUGAAAAUGAUGAAUAUCAUGUCUCAGAUGCUCUAGUUGGAUUAGUUAAUGGAACUGUAGUGAACCAUGGCGCUGUGGAAGUUGGAUCUGAGAAUGGCCUUAUUCCUCUGGAGAGAGAACACUCUGUAGAUUCCCUCGUUUCUAAUCCAUCAGUUUCAAAAACUUCUAAGGCGAUGCCGUCUAAGGAUAAUAAGUGGAUUCAAGUUCGGAAAGGCACCAAGAUAAUUGUGCAAGUUGUUAAAGAGGGCCUCGGUACGAAAGGUCCAACUCUUACUGCUUACCCGAAACUGAGAAGUAGAUUCUGGGUAUUACUGACUCGUUGCAAACGAAUUGGAGUGUCGAAAAAAAUUUCGGGAGUUGAGAGAACCCGGUUAAAAGUUAUAGCAAAAACAUUGCAGCCUCAAGGUUUUGGACUGACUGUAAGGACUGUGGCUGCAGGCCAUUCUCUAGAAGAACUGCAGAAAGACUUAGAAGGUCUGCUUUUAACCUGGAAGAACAUUACAGAUGAAGCAAAAUCUUCAGCUCUUGCUGCAGAUGAAGGUGUGGAAGGAGCCAUUCCUGCGCUGCUACAUAGAGCAAUGGGUCAAACACUCUCAGUUGUGCAGGACUAUUUCAAUGACAAGGUUGAGAAGAUGGUGGUUGACUCUCCCAGGACAUACCAUGAGGUCACACACUACCUGCAGGAUAUGGCACCUGAUCUUUGUAAUCGAGUGGAAUUGCAUGAUAAGGGUAUCCCUCUUUUUGAUUUAUACGACAUUGAGGAGGAAAUCGAAGGUAUUCUUAGUAAAAGAGUUCCACUUUCUAAUGGAGGUUCUUUAGUGAUUGAACAAACUGAGGCGUUGGUCUCUAUUGAUGUGAACGGAGGACAUGGAAUGUUUGGUCAGGGUAAUUCACAGGAGAAAGCUAUUUUAGAAGUUAAUCUUGCUGCUGGCAGACAAAUUGCAAGGGAGAUUCGGCUGAGAGAUAUUGGUGGUAUCAUUGUGGUAGAUUUCAUUGACAUGGCAGAUGAAUCAAAUAAGAGACUGGUUUAUGAAGAGGUUAAGAAAGCCGUGGAGAGAGAUAGGUCACUGGUAAAAGUAUCAGAACUGUCUAGGCACGGACUUAUGGAAAUAACAAGAAAAAGGGUUCGGCCGAGUGUAACAUUCAUGAUCAGUGAACCAUGUUCUUGCUGUCACGCAACUGGUAGAGUGGAGGCACUAGAGACUUCCUUCUCAAAAAUUGAACAAGAGAUUUGUCGGCAGCUCGCAAAGAUGGAGAAAAGAGGAGACCUAGAAAACCCCAAGUCUUGGCCAAGAUUCAUAUUGCGGGUGGACAGUCAUAUGUCAAGCUUCUUGACUACGGGGAAGAGGACGCGGCUUGCAAUCCUGAGUAGUUCCCUGAAAGUAUGGAUUCUCUUGAAGGUUGCUAGACAUUUCACCAGAGGAACCUUUGAGGUCAAACCGUUCAUGGAUGAGAAGACGGUAAACGAAAGACAGCAUCAAGUUGCUAUUUCACUCCUCAAGAAAGCUGACGCCAUAGCAGACUCCUCAGGCAAGAAGAAGCUCACUCUUAUUCCCAAGAAGGAAAAGACCAGUGGUAAACAUAGACGAUGAAACAUUUUUUUUCUUAAUUUCGCAUCACUUUUGUUAGUUGUCUCAAAUAAUACCGUUCUUCACUGUACCGAAUCAAUUAUUGUGUAUCAAUAUCAUCUUCUUCAGUCA